AUGCAUUCAAAUCACAUUCACUUUUGGAGAAGAAAUGAAAAAUAUGAUGAUAAAAUAUUUGCCAACCAACUCAAUAUAACCGAAGAACCUCUGCACGCUACGUCUGUAACAUCUUGUGGACGAUUGUGUUCCAAUCUUCGGAAGUCCUCGGCUUUUUCUUUUAUGAAAAAUGUUUGUUACUGCUACGAUAGCAAACCGACAGAUAGGUUUGUCUUUACAACAAUGGGAGGAGUUGUAUACUAUUCAGAAGAGCCAGUUGCAAAAUAUAUUGAGUGUGCGGACAAAAUAUACACAUACCUGGGUGAUGUCGAUCUCUGCAUCAAAGUUUACUCUGACGGGAGAAACUCCACGGACGCUGCCGAUAAAUGUCGAUCAGACGGAGGUCAUCUCAUUACGUUAGACACCGCUGAAAAAUUACAUGCUUUUUCGGAGUUUGCCACUAAAUACACUGCGUAUCACAUUGGACUAGAAAACAUAGAAGGCAGAUGGGAAUGGACACGAGACAGUACACUGGUAUUUGACCCAAGUCUGUGGAAUGCUAAUGAACCCAACGGUCAAAGUGUUUCUCCACCCGAAUUAUGUGGGGCUUUUUUUAGGGGAUCAGAUAUCAAUGGAAUGCCUGGUGUUGCUGAUGUCCCGUGCUGCAUCCCUUUUCACUUUGUAUGUGAAUUGUGAACUUUUUCUCAAUAAUCAAAUGAAGUUCAAUUGAUAUUGAAGCAAGUUCUGUAAAAAAAAUUAUCCAGCAGCAUUUUUUUUUUGGAUUACACAGAUUAAAAAAAUAUUUUUUUCCGGUCAAUAACUGCAUUUAAAUGUUUCAAUUCUACCUUUCAACUUAUUUGAAAAUGUUUACGGGGAUGUAUAAUUACAUCAAGAAAAUCCUAUUAACAUUUACUCCGUGUUUUACCUAUAUGUAUCUUAAGAUAACCAUAUCUUGUUAAUAUUUAAGUAUAAAUUAUUUUUUUGAUAUAAAAGGAAAAGAGGAAAGGGUUACUACAGGUACUGGUAAAUUGUGAUGUGCAUGCUGCUUCUUAAAUCUGUGUAGCGUAUUCAUUUAAAUGAAUUUAAUAGGUGUGAAUACACACAAAUGUUUUUUUUUGUUUUUGUAUAAAAUAAUGAUUGCCAAUAGUGCAAUAUAUUUUUUUUAUUUGAUUGUCUGCCAUAGGUACAACCUACGCACCUGCAAAGAAAAUUAAAUGAAGCAUCCUUAAAUGAAUUGAUAAGGGGUACUCGUCACAUUUAAAAUAUUUCGUUGAAAAUUUAAACAAUUAACAAUUAUCUGGGUGAUUUAUGCAAGGAUAUGAACAUAACGAGCGUUGUAGUAUAAUAUGUAAGCCACUCGAAAGGUUACGUAUUUCCUACAAUUAUGCUUUC